CACACACACACACACACUCGCUCUCCUCUCUCUCUCUCCGUCUAUCUGGCACUGAGCAGAAGUAAACAGAGGAGGAGAUCUCAUUUGGUUCCUGAACUGUUGCAGCGCUCAGUGCAGCCACCACACACACUCUCACUUAAUUUCUCUCUCACACACACACACACUCACACACCUACACACACACACUCGCUCGCACACAUGCACAAACAUGAACACACACAGCACACAAAGGGAUAUUGGCAGCAAGAGAUCCUGACAGUCCAGGACCGGACUCACACCUGCCAGCUCUGACUGAGCAGCUUUUACUGAAGAAGAAGAAGAAGAAGAAAAAAAAGAAGAGGAAAAAAAAUUCAAAAGGGGGUAAAAAAAAAAAAAAAAAAAAGAAAGAGCGAAGAGGAAAAGAGGAGUGCGGUGGGUUCGUGGUUUGUUGAAUCCACCAGAUCGAGUCCACAGCUGACGAUGGAGAACACAUGAGGAGGAGUGACAACCGUGGGGACACUCGGUGGGGAAAAAUGCUGCUGGGUAAAGUUUGUGGAUAUUUCUAAAGGGAUUUUUACAAAUUUUUUUGUCCUUCAACUUUGGAGAAAAAUUGCAGAAGAUCGACUGCGUGCAGACAGCAAAAAAGGAACAAGGUGGGACGUUGGAUUAAAGGGCUCUCCGGAAGCAUGGCGACCACCAACCCUUCCUCCUGCCUCCUUCUCCUCUUCUUCCUCCUCUCCUUCCUGACUUUCCAGCUAGCCCUCACCCAGGACCCAUCCGUCACCACGGUGGCGGUAACCGAGGGCGACCCAUUUAUCGCCCCCACCACGCUGGCCAACCAGACGACCAGCAGCUAUGUGGAGACCACUCAGAACACUCCUCCAGAGACGGGGCUCUCAACGCCCACCAGCGGUGGAGACGCCGAUGACGAGGACGUCCCUCCGGUUGGCGGGACGCGUUGCCAGGGUUACUACGACGUAAUGGGCCAAUGGGACCCGCCGUUCAACUGCAACGCCGGCGUCUUUCUGUACUGCUGCGGUACCUGCUUCUACCGCUUCUGCUGCCAGUUCCGUCAGCAGCGGCUGGACCAGAACAUCUGCUCCAACUACGAUAGCCCCAUCUGGGCCAACACCGGCAAGCCAGUGGCCACCAUCACCGAGGGCCAGGGGGACCAGGACCGGGACCGAACGCACCUCAUCGUCUACAUCAUCUGUGGCGUGGUGGCCAUCAUGGUGCUGGUGGGCAUCUUCACCAAACUGGGCCUGGAGAAGAGCCGCGGAGGAAGCGGAGGAGGAACAGGGGCGGCUCAGGCUGACCUCAACUCCAGGACUCUUACAGACCUGCUGAAGCAGCAGGGAGGUGAGGUGAGCUCAGUGGAAAGUGCCACGGCCUGUUCGCCCAGCGGAGGAAGAGCCAACGGCGUUUCAACCAGGAUGCUACGCAGCAGGAGUGAACAGUACCAUCUGAAUAACUCAGCUUACGGGCCGUUUGGACAAGGGCUUCCACACCCACACAGCAACCACAGCAUAGUGGGACUGAACAAAUAUACCUCCCUCAAAGCUGUGGCGGACAGUGCGUCUCGUAGCUACUACAAGAGCUUCCCACUCAUGGACUUCUCCCAUUACCAGCCUGUAGCGCCUCCUGCCUUCCAGCCCAUACAUCCCAAAGAGAAGUCGUACAUCCACCAGCCCCUGCCAGCACACCACGACAUCCAUGCCCCCCUCGCCAUCUCCAUCCCUUCCAGUCACCUUGAGCAUUCGCGCCUCCCCAAGACCACCACCCACCCGUUGCUCUCCAGCUCAGCCUUCAAGGCAUGGGAGCCGACUGGCCGCCAUGUCCACCGGCAGACCUCGGCACCGGGACACACGUCUUCUUCUACGCACAGCUCUACCCGGAGACACGCCUACUCAGCCCGGAGGCAGCAGAGCAUAGAGAACAUGCCGGAUCUCUUUAAUCAGCCCUAUGGAGGGAUGUACGGGGGAGUAGGGCAGGGACAGCAUAUGCAGGUACAACAUGCAGCUCAACCCUACUACCACACCAGGCAGAAGAGCUACUCUACGCACAGUACGACUGAGGUGACUGUCUGAGCGCCAAAGCCUCAGAGAGCAGCCUGCCAGUAUCCUAAACACAACAACGAAAAGCUUUGGUGUUAACCAGUUGCCAGAGUUUGGGACAGCUCGCCCACCAUGUGACGGAUUAAACGAGGAGACUCAUUCAGAUGAAAGGGGGUGUUUUCAUAAGUGGAAACAGUGAGAUUCAGGAGCAGAACCACCUCUUCUACAGAUAAUAGACUCAGUUAGUAAAGGUUAAUGUUAGUCUGCAGGAAAAGGUCUCAUACAUAAAGUCUAUAGACUCUACCAAAAGGAUAUCUUACAACCACUCUCAGGCUCCUACAGGUUGCACGGUCUUCACAGAUUCUCAACCUCUAUGGUUUUGCCACUGCGGUGUGGUUUUGCAGGCUUUAUACUAAUUUACACCAACUCUUACAGCAGGGAGCCUCAUUGCAUCUGUGAUCACGUUUUACAUGUUGGCAGGAAUAAACAGUGAGGUUGUGUUAGCCUAGUGAUUCUGGAUAAGAGUAGAUACGGCAGAUGAUCAGUGCAUGGGUUAGGGCAAAGUCACAACCAGUCUCAUGGGCAGGUUGGGUUGUUAAAAACGUUCCUGAGACUGACGAAAACUGGAGCCAGCUGGCCCUACUUUCUAACACUGUCGGUCCAAAGAGACAUUCAGUGCAAGCAUGCAGCUAUUUUGAUGUAAAUGUACUUUGUAGACUUUUCUGUGGUUCACCUACAGGAGUUACACCUCAGGAUCCUUUCACUUAAGUUUUGUGGAACACUAGAAAUCUUCUAUAUUUAUUGGGACCCAUGUCCUUCUACACCUACCCACUGCUCCCAUUAGUUUAAAGGAAUAGAUAAACAUUUUGGGAGAUGUGAUUGUUUUUUUGGGUCCACCAGUAGUGAUUUGGUUGUGAACAUGCACACAAAGGCACAGGUCUUCAGUGGACAACAGUCAGCCGUUUGUCAUAAUGAUCAUUUUUACAUUUCAGUUUUGUAUGGAUUAAAUAAACCUGAUAUAAUUUGUUGAUUGUUGAGCUUUAGAGGAUUUGGUUGAUGGAUUUUGUUCCCUUUGACCUAAGCUAAGCUAGCUGUUUCUCAAGUUUUGUCUUUUGCUUAGUCAUCCUGCUGCUAGCAAUAGCUUUAUACUUUACUAGAGUGCCAUCAAUCUUCUCAUCUAUCUCUUUGAAAUAUUGUCACCGUAACAAGGACAUGCACACUAUCAAGCUAAUUAUUGCAGAAAGUUAACAGAAAUGGAAAAGUAAAUAAAUUGCCAUGAGAAAUAUUGGAAUACUAAUCUAAUCAUGACUGGAUUUUUGGCACAAAUAUGAAAUCAAAAUAAUUUCAUUAAAAGGCUUUGCAGUUGUGGUUUAGAAGCUUCACACUCCAGUGGAUCUGAAAUUUGACAGACAAAAUCAGAGCAUAAGGUCAAAAGUUAUUGUUUUUUAAUUGCUAAAUGACUUGUCUGAGGACAAUGUGUGGCAUCAGGGCAAUAAAAAUCCAAAUUAGGCUACUUUAGGCUUAAACAAUGUAUUGUAGUUUCUGCAUAUGCUCUGAUUCAAAUUGGAGGAACUGUGACAUGGGUCUAAGUCUGUUAGAGUUCACAUGGACAGCUCUGCAGCCCAAAAUCUGUGUACAUGGUUACACUGCAAGGACAGUAGUACACAUGUCCUGCAGCAGUGUGUAUACAUGGAGUAUGUAGAUACGAAUUAUACAGAACAGAGUCCUUCAAGCAGACUGCAGAGUAGUAAAACAACAACUACAUAUCCACAGCUGUUCAUGUGAGUGUCUGCUAGGGAGUAUAAUACAAUUUAGCUUAAGGUGUAGGGUGAUAAUCCAGUUGGAGCUAACUAACUGAUGAUAUCGGAAUUUGAGAUGUUAAUUUUUAAAAGUUUAUUUAGAUACACUGGACAUUUCCCAUUGUAAUCUGUAUAUCACAUGCCAUUUAUUAGUCUUAAACCAGUAACAGUUCAGGUCAUCUCAAGGCCCCAGAAGCCUUUUUGUGCAUUACUUCGUCAAGUUCCCUCCUGUUCUUCUUGUAAAAACACCUCUACUACUUUGCAUCUCUCAGUCUACCUCCAUGCACAGCUGUUCUCUCCUCGUUCUUUUCGCUCCCACCAGUUUUUCACAAUGAAGCGCUUUGCAUUCUUUGCCAUCAGGCCAAGCAUACAGGGACAGCAUCCCUGGGGUCACAUUAACUCCACGGUGAGGACAAUGCCACCAUCACGUCAGCUCCCAUCAGCCUCCAUCCCAGCCAGAGAGAGGCAGAGGGGGGGUAGAAAGAGAGCCAGAGGCUGGGACUCUUUAGAAAAGGAGAGAAAGGGAGGAGAGAGAAGAGAAAAAUAGAAAAAACAAACAUACAUUGCUGUGUGUUUUCCUUCCUUGAGGGAAGAAAAGGCAGGGAGUCAGUGUGGAUCUGGGUCUCACAGUAUUGAACUGUCUGGGUCAUAAUAACUCAGAGUAUGUGGACGCCUGUAUGCAAUUUCUAACCCGCAGGCCCCAUUGCAGGGGAAUUCACUGAGGCAUUUCUAGGCCUGAAGCAUUCAACAUUUCUCAUUUCAUCUCUGAAGCCUGGACAGCAGAGGACACUGUGCAGAGCUGUUUGUUAGGAGCUGCAACAGUUGAUGCCUCCACUGAACUUGUUGCACAACGAACUGAAAUGUUAACAGCGGGUGCACAUGUGUCUAGAAAUGCUUCCAUAAGUCUCUGUAAUAAUGUUUGUGCCGGAAAAGUUGAUGGGAAGUUACGUUUCGUAUUCUGUUAUGUAUGAAGUGCUUUUGUAGCAACUGAAUUAAGUGUCGAGUUCAAAGAUCGGUGUAGGUCAAACUGAGCCAAGAGCACAAGUUUUAAUAGACAAACCACACAUAAGGACUGAACAAACACCAAACCCAGAUAGCCUGCCUCUCUGUAGCUUAAACUUUAAAUUUCCAUGCAGUUGCCCAAAAUGGGUCUGAGAUCUCAAAUGCCCUGCUCUCCUGUGAAACAACAGCUCAAGUGGGAGCUCCGGGUUCAGAUCAUUUUAUAUCUUUAAUAUGCAGCAGUACAUUACCUAAAAACAACAAUGAUCCUCACAUGAGAACAUUGUAAUGUCAGCGUCCUCCUCCAUGAAGGCUGUGUUACCAAGUAAAUCUGGAAAUGUGGUCACUACAUCUCUGUAAAUCUGCAGAAACAAGAAACAGUGGAACAAAAACUUGUCAGCGUCUUGCUAAAUUGGAUAAUUUGUUAUUUACACUUCCAGAAGAUACAGAGCUACAUUGAUAAAGAGCCAUGUUUGGCCACCAAAAGAAUUAAAGUUCAUAAUUCACAUUCUCCUUUUAGCUGUCUUGGUCUCCUAAAGGAAAUAUCUGGUUCUUUAGCUGCUAAAUACUCCACUACGUUCCCCCGAUAGUCUGUUUGAUGCUACACAGUGAGUUUUUGGAGCUUUCUGCUAAAGCCAGCUGCCUGUUAGAACCAACUUAAAGGCAUUAAAAUGUUCCUUGAGCAUUAUGAUUUCAUCAUUGCAAACAACCUGUUUGAUGUUACAGUAGCCCUUUGUUCAGUUUUGAUUAUAAGAAAUACCGAUUAUAGCUGUAGUAGUGUUAAAAGAUGAUCUGAUUCCUUCAUAAAGACAUCACUGCAGCAGCUUUAGUCCUUUUAUGUAAUAGAUUUAAACACCUAAUAAAGAUUAAUGCUUUGAUUUCACACAUGAGCCAGUGAUGUUGUCAAUAUCUAAAAAAAAAUAAGCUAGAUUAGGAAUAGAAACGCUUUAUGUAACCCUGACUGGCACAUAUAUAAACUUGAAACUAUCCUUAAGCUCAUACCUGCUGAACCGCUUUUGCACUUUUACUUUCCUAUUACCAAAAUCUCAAACUUUACAUUGUUUCUAAGUACAGAAGCAAAUGUACAGUUUUAUUCAAACCAGAUAUCAAAUGCAACAAAACUACAAUCAACUUUGGUUCAAACUAAGUGAAGGUGAAUGUGACCUUUCCACAGAGGGAGGCUUAUCACUCAGAGACCUAAAAUAGGACUCAUACAUAAACGCUUCAGGCUUCUACAGUCUUGCUUCUCAUUUGCUUCUCUUGCUAAACUGAAUUGUGGGUAAAUUGUUUUGCUUUUUUUUUUGCUUGUAGUGGAAAGCUGACAAAAAUUCAACAUUUAGUUUCAAGUGGCGAUGCAGGAUCCGGCCAAUCAAAUCGUGUUUAAGCUAUGACAAUCACACCAGCAAAGACAUCCCACAAAUAUCACACCCACGACGAAGCGUUACAGCAACACAAGGGAGUUGAGAGUCCUGCCUGAUGAUAUGUGUCUACAGGGGUGUUUUCAGAUACAAGAAGAAGCUGUCAGGAUAGAAGAUGUUAUAACUUCCAUAUAAACGCUGGCAACAUCCGACUGGACAAACACUGUCACUCCUGGACUGUCUGCCCACAGGUUUCAAACUAACAUGGUGGCUCAUUUGGAAACCUUCUCUAACAUUACAGAAAUACUUCACCAGUAAGUGUUUCUGAAAGGAUUUGUAAGCCAUGAGGUCGCUAAUCUGUCUUCACACUUGAUAGCUCGACAACGAUUAGUUUGAAAGUUUUUCAGGAGUUUCCAGAGACAUCAAGUCACACUGGACACAACUGAUUUGUAUAAAGUAGCCAAGACCUCAACUUUAUGCAGAUAAGGAGCAAUCAAUGUGACGCCUCAUCUCUCAAAAUACAUUGUGGCACUACAAGAAGAAUACAAAACAUGGCAAUAACAGACCCUGUGAACAUGUAGCAUUAAGGCCAAAAUAAAACCGAGUACAGAGAAGUUCUUUGUAGGAGAAUGCACAGCGUCAUCACUCGGGGGCGCCAUUGUUGGACCACUGAAUGCAAGCAUGUCUGUGCUGAUUGCAUCCCCAUAAUCCUUCACUCUGCAUAGGCGGAGCGCUACCUUAAUGGACAUCAACGCACAAACAUAAGUCCACUUUAGCAGUCUCAUACUGAACCGCAAGCCACACAUUAAACAACACAGAGUCAAAUCAAAGCCACAUCUUAGUAGUUUGUUCUGUAUGUUUCUUGCUGCUCCCAGACUCACACCACCAACACACAAAAACAUGUUACAGCCAGUUAUGGUAGAUGAUGUGUUACGUAUUGAUUUAAAGAGCACUGUGACUCGUCUCUCUUUCACUGAACAUGUGCAUCAUGUCUAUAAUUACUUACUUUCUCACCACCAGUGCAGCAAAGGAUCCUGGGUAGGCAAUCAUUUCUUCUUAAUGCUUGAUGUUGUGAAUUAAAAUGUUGAGAUCUGCUGGUUUUGGGACACAAAAACUUUUUUUUUUAAGCAAUGGCUGUUAAGUUCCUCACAGUAAACAAGUGCUUCCAAUGAUUUUCAUGGUAUAAAGUCAUGCAUUUUUUCUCCAAAAGCCCCUUCUGCUCUUUGUAGCUGAAACAAAACUACUUUUCUCCUCUAUUUAUGAUAAAGCUUCAACAUAUUGUGCAUAUUAUUACUCCAUCUUUUUGAACACAUGACAUCUCUUUUUUUGGUUUUGGUCGUGCAAACACAUUCUGAAAAUAAUUCAUUUAUAAAAACUGUGUAAAUAUGUUUAUUUAACUGAAUUCACUAAAUUAUUUAAAUAAGGGCUGUAUGAAGUGAGUAAUUUAGGAGCACUUAUUGUAUUUGCUGUCAGAUUUUAACAAAUUAUAUUAUUUCAUGUUGAUGAAAGAUGCAUAGAGAAGUGAAUAGUAGCUGAGUUGUGCAAUAGAGAAGUUUAAAGUCGGUCUACUGUCCUGUAUGUCACUUUAUCACAGUGUUUUUUCACAUCAGUGGCAAAACACAGAGGCACAAAUGAACUCUAGAGUAGGACAAAGCAGACAGGUUGUCUAAACCACUAAUAAGUUUUCUGCUGUGUAGCUACACGAUGCUGACUGAUAUAUGGGACGCUGUGCAAAGGCAGUCGAGAAGAAUAUGAGCCAGGUUUGCAGCAAUGCAUUUGUGAGCAUGUUUAAAAGUGGAGAGUUUCGGUGCUGUGUGAAGAUAAAGAACCUUUAGACUGCAAUAGAAAUAGUUUGUUUACAUCACUUUGAACUACUGCAGGUUAAUGAAUAUAUAAGAGAAAAGAGCUAUGAUAAAUGUAUAAAUGCAACCAUGAUCUAAAGUGUAUUGGUGUGAAAUACAGUAUGUAGCAAAAAUGUGUAUAUACUGUAUGUACUUGUACUUCUUACUACAACAAAACAACUACUUUAUACCCAAAAUGUUGUAGAGACGUUCUUUACAAAAGAUUGUUUAGUAACUGAUGCCACUUUUGAAGAUGAAAUAUUAAAGAUUGUAAAAUUAAA